AUGAAUGAAAUUUCAUUGACGUCCAAACCGGUGGUGGUUACCGGACCAAUCGACUUCUCAGAUUUUCACCGAGAAGAAACUGCUCGCAGAUUGAAGGAAGAGCAGGAGAACAAUGGAAUGCGUUUGGAAUUCACUAAAGAAUACGAGUGGGAUGCAAGUGAACUGGACCCAAUUGUUCGGGAUUUUAUCGAGAAACAAAUUGAAGACUGCCCCUUUGAGGAGACUGUAGUCGGGUAUCAAACUCUUCUCGAAAUGUACAACUCAUAUCUUGGUCCGGAAUUCUACUUUCUCAUGAUGCUAAAAAAGGCUUACAACUUCAGAGAAUAUGAAAGCUGGCUCCUUUUUGGAUAUUAA